CGGGUCUGAACCUGUAUUGAAUGGGUAGUCGCAGACGGCUGUGCUGUUUCAAGGGCGCGGAACAUAGGCGAUGCUGCCACCAUGCAUAUACGUGUCUAAUCGAUAUAACCAAAGUUGAGAAGGGCGAUGCAUUGAGCCCGCCCUCUUGGGGUGAGUUUGGGCCGAGGAGGGUGUGGUCUUCGGGCUCGAGAUUGUGCUCGCCUUUGGCGUGGCGGAUGCAGUGAACUGUGAUGGGCAUUCUGGCUGUCUUGGGGGUCGAGGAGAGGAG